AAAAGAAAGGAAAGUUUACGCAUGGUUUUGCCCGCCAACUAGAAGUGUCUUGAAAUUUGAGGCGGAGACCGUACGUAUAACAAGUCUGGCCUUCGGGGCACGAAUUAAAACGCUAGAUCCGUAGAAAUGCUCUCUAACUCCCUUAAAUCCCUAGUUCCCCUUUGCCUUGGAAAUUUUCAUACCCAACCCUAAUCUCCCUUCUGCCACACGCAUCAUCCCCAACCCUAAAUUCCCUUCUGCCCCAAUUUAUCAUGGGGCGUCGGAAGAAAUCCCAAGCUUCCAAGCUCACCUCGGGUCAAGAUGACGACCCCCAUGACAACUUAUCGGAGAUCAGGAAAGCUUUAGUCGAAAAUGCCGCCCUCCAAGCCCAACUGAAGAAGGAGCUUUGCCUGCUACGCGCCAGUGAACCCGAAACGAAGAGCCCAAAUCCCACUGUGGUCGCUGGCAGUUCCAAGCGCAGGCCGUCGGCUCAAGGCUCCCUCAAUAUGUUGCCGGCUUCCUAUGUGCUCGAUCCUUGCCCAAGUGAAUGCCGGAAGAGUGUGGCUAGCAUGAAUCAGCCAAAGCAAGCAGAACAAACCAUGAGUGAGAGUGUCGCUAGCAUGAAACAGCCAAAGCAAGCAGAAGAAACCAAGUGUGAGAGUGUGGCUAGCAUGAAGCAGCCAAAGCAAGCAGAAGAAACCAAGUGUGAGAGUGUGGCUAGCAUGAAGCAGCCAAAGCAAGCAGAAGAAACCAAGUGUGAGAGUGUGGCCAGCAUGAAGCAGCCAAAGCAAGCAGAAGAAACCAAGUGUGAGAGUGUGGCUAGCAUGAAGCAGCCAAAACAAGCAGAAGAAACCAAGUGUGAGGGAACAGUCAAGAAGAGAUGCAAACCAAUUGCAAAGCAGAGUUGGAAACCACCGAUAACAGGAAUGCCUUUUUGGCUCCAAGCACCUUUACCGGAAACAGAACUCUUGCCCAGAAGAAAAUAAUCUUGCUGAAGGAGGAAGCACUUCCUUUUACUCAUUUCACUCUGUUAGACUGUUGCUGCUCCAUCUGUUGACUCUAAAAGUAAGUUCUGAAUUACACUUGGGUUUUGAUAUUCCUUUUG